AGUAAAACAACAGGUACUGCAGAUGAUGAUGAAUUAGCUGAUAAUUCUUAUCAGUUAAAACAUUCCAGAGAUACAAAUCAGUAUACUGUUGAAGAAGGUGAUCAAUCAAUUGACCCUACAAAAAUUGAUCCACCAGAAAGAAUUGUUGGAGAACAGGAAGAAGAUACCUUGGAUGAUCUUCCUAAAGAAUGGAUUGUCCCAAGAGAUCUCUCUCUAGACAAU